AUGAACCGGAUUAAGAGCACGAUUGCUGUGGCUAAGAAGUUAAAACUAAGUAAAGUUAUGACGAAAUCAGAAUUACCAAGCAUUUUCGAAGGAACUGUUGAUCUGGGGAUUAUUGGAGGCACAGGUUUAUAUAAUAUGGACUGUCUAGAGCCCAUUGCAUUGCUACCACCCAUGUUAACACCAUGGGGCACCACAUCCUCACCGGUCACGAUCUCACAGUUCGUUGGUACCAAUAGUCAUUUCCACGUUGCCUUCAUCGCCAGACAUGGUGUCAGCCACGAAUAUCCACCCACUAAAGUUCCAUUCAGGGCCAACAUGGCAGCUCUAAAGAAUCUGAAUUGCAAAGCUGUGCUUUCAUUCAGCGCUGUGGGUUCAUUGCAGCCCCAUAUCAAGCCUAGAGAUUUUGUGCUACCGCAACAAAUCAUUGACAGAACCAAGGGUAUAAGACAUUCCUCGUACUUCAACGACGAAGGCUUAGUUGGCCACGUUGGAUUUGGACAGCCAUUCUCUCAAAAAUUUGCAGAGUAUAUCUAUCAAUUCAAGGAUUCGAUAACAAACCCUGAAUCCGAGGAACCAUGCCAUUUGCAUUACGACAAAGACAUGACCGUUGUUUGUAUGGAAGGCCCACAGUUCUCCACGCGUGCUGAAUCCAAGAUGUACAGGAUGUUUGGUGGCCAUGUUAUCAACAUGAGUGUUAUCCCUGAAGCCAAGCUGGCACGUGAGUGUGAGCUGCCUUACCAGAUGAUCUGCAUGUCUACCGACUAUGAUGCGUGGAGAGACGAGGCAGAGCCUGUUACCGUAGAAACGGUUAUCGGUAACUUAACAAACAAUGGGCGCAAUGCGAAUCUCUUGGCCUCCAAGAUCAUUGUGACCAUGGCCAAGGAAAUACCCGAGUUCAUGCACACUGGCGAUGGGCUGCACGGUUCCAUCAAAAAAUCUAUUUCUACCAAACCGGAGGCCAUGUCCAAAGAAACUCUAGAGAAAUUAAGAUACUUAUUUCCUGACUAUUGGUAA